AUGCUUUGGGCCUUUGUGAUGUCUAUAGAAAUUGCAUCAUCAGCCAAUCGCCAGAUUGUCAAUGCUAAGAAAAAUUCACGCCUAAAUUCCACAAGAGUUGGAAUUCAAUGGACUGGUCUCAAGGGUGUGAACGAAAUAAGCCACCAGCUUGCCAGAAGGGAGAUGGAUGCGUUAAAUAUAUUAACGAAUGCAGGAGUACUAACUGCUUACAACACUGUUCUUGUAUAG